AGUAUUUUCAGUCAGGAAUGUUCGAGGUCAGUCCCUCAUGUGACCGUUGGGGUCCUGACUCGUGCGGUGCGGUGCAGUUCAUCAUGGCGGCGAACAGCAGCAACAACACGAGCGGUAAAAGCGGCGGAAAGCAGCCCACGCCGUCCGCCGAGCAGGUGGUGGCUAAUUUCCAGCGGAUGCGACAGGAGCAGCGCGGUAUGGCCUCUAAGGCUGCAGAGCUGGAGAUGGAGAUCAAUGAACACAGCCUCGUCAUUGAGACGCUAAAGGAGGUCGAUCCGUCGCGGAAGUGCUUUCGUUUAGUUGGCGGUGUGCUGGUGGAGAGGACCGUCAAAGAAGUUAUGCCCGCGCUGGAAAACAAUAAAGAACAGAUUACGAAGAUCGUGGACUCGCUUAACUCUCAGAUGCAGGCGAAAGGGCGGGAGCUGACGGAGUACCGCGAGCGCUACAACAUCCGGUUAGUCGGAGAGGACGACAAACAGGGCAAAGCGGACGCCAGUCAAGCCAAAGACAGCGAAGGAGGAGGCUCUAAAGGAGGCGCCGGGGUGCUCGUCUCCUAGUGGACUACUCUUAGAGGGGUAGAAAUCACUGGGGGUUUAAUAUUUGCGGAGAGACUGAGUCGGCAUGUUUCUAUUAAGUCUAACAGAUGCCAGUCACAAAACACGAAAGAGAGUGAAAGUCUCGGUUUUCAUGCACGUUUUUUUUGUACAUCCUUAAUAUUAAAAUACAACUCACAACUUCACAAAAUGAACUUCAACUUCCAUCCUUUCCUUUUCAGUCCAGUUUGUUACAAAUAAAUAGUCAGUAAACAUGUUUCAUGUCUAAACGGAUGGCAUAAAUCCAUAAUGUCAAAUAGUUUUUGAGGCUUGACUUUCACUUUUGUAAUAUUUGGUGCAGAGUGAAAGAUAUUUCUCAUACGGUGAACCUCCAUCAUUCAUUAUGUCACUGUUGUACACCUGCGGACGAAGCCUUUUUAUGUUUGGUUUGUUUUUGUGGUUGUUUUGGUUAUUGAAUUAAAAAAUACAGAAUUGCACGAAA